CUUUUUAGUGCGACUUCCGUGAAGAAGUGUGUCGGCUGUGAGCGUUUCGUGGGUGUUUUGCUGCGAGUUGUCGGGGGACAGCCGUGUGAUCCUAAUUUCUCCUCCUCGUCGUCUGCUUCGACGCUGCUAGAGAAACGAUGAACGGAACGAUGGCGAUGGCACCAACGCCACAAAACAGUAUCGAGCCGUCGGCGAAGAAGAUGAAAGUGGAAGGAAAUGCAUCCGAGUUCUUACCAGGCCCUAUAUAUGAUCUCAAUCAGAUAGGUCAGGUCGUCGCUGGACCUGGCGCCAAGUAUCUGACGCUGCCGGGCAUACUAGGAGCUGGCUUACCGAAAAUCACAUCCGAGCAGCAGGACACAGUAAACCGAGCCAAGAAGUAUGCGAUGGAACAGAGCAUCAAGAUGGUCCUGAUGAAGCAGACUCUGGCCCAUCAGCAGCAGCAAAUGGCAAGUCAGCGGAAUCAGGUGCAGAGACAGCAGGCUCUCGCCCUCAUGUGCAGGGUUUACGUGGGCAGCAUCAGUUUCGAAUUGAAAGAAGACACGAUCAGGCAAGCUUUCUUGCCGUUCGGACCAAUCAAGUCUAUCAAUAUGUCUUGGGAUCCCGUUACACAGAAGCACAAGGGCUUCGCCUUUGUGGAAUACGAGAUACCUGAGGCGGCCCAACUUGCUUUGGAGCAAAUGAACGGUGUCAUGAUCGGUGGCCGUAACAUCAAGGUCGUUGGACGUCCGUCCAAUAUGCCUCAAGCGCAAUCGGUGAUUGACGAGAUCACCGAGGAGAGCAAGCAUUACAAUCGCAUAUAUAUCGCGUCGAUACACCAGGACUUGACGGAGGACGACAUCAAAUCGGUCUUCGAGGCUUUUGGCCCAAUCACUUACUGCAAGCUUGCACAGGGCAGUUCGCCACAUCGCCACAAGGGUUACGGCUUCAUCGAGUACGAGACGAUGCAGGCCGCGCUGGAAGCGAUAGCCUCGAUGAAUCUGUUUGAUCUAGGCGGUCAAUACUUGCGAGUCGGUCGUGCUAUCACGCCGCCGAAUGCGCUGAUGGGACCACCCAGUGGCACGAGCAUGAUGCCAACUGCAGCUGCAGUAGCUGCGGCAGCGGCUACGGCGAAGAUCCAGGCGAUGGAUGCAGUAGCGAGCAAUGCAGUUGCAUUAGGUCUCACGAAAUUGGGAGCAGCGGCACCACCGAUUCUGAAUCAAGCACUUCCAGGCGUGGUACGGCCCACUAUUGCUCCCGCGACAAUAAUGACACCACCGACGGUGGCUACAGUAGCACCCGUGAUACCUCCGCCUGGUAUAGCCAUACCUCAGACAUUAACGCGACCACCUGCCAUCAUACAACCGAUCCCCGGCCAGCAGGUCGUGAUACCACCACCCGCCGUUGUCGCCCCUACUAUCGUCGGCACGCCAGUCGCCAUACCGGUCACGACGACGGCGAGUUCCGACAUUAUGAGGCGAGCACAGGAGCAAGCCGCUCAUCAGAAACAGCAGGAGGAGUUGCAGAAAAAGUUGCUCGAAGAGACGGAGCCGCAGACGUUGCAGCAGCAGGAGAACAUGUCGAUCAAGGGUCAGAGCGCGCGUCACCUUGUGAUGCAGAAGCUCAUGCGCAAGGUCGAGUCCCGAGUGGUUAUUCUGAGAAACAUGGUGGCGCCGGAAGACGUGGACGAGACCUUGCAGGAGGAGAUUCAGGACGAGUGCUCCAAGUUCGGCGUGGUCGAGCGAGUGAUCAUCUACAAGGAGAGGCAGUCCGAGGACGACGAGAACGCGGAAGUUAUUGUGAAAAUAUUCGUCGAGUUCUCCCAAAUGAGCGAAGCGGAACGCGCGAGAGACUCGUUGAACGGCCGUUACUUCGGCGGACGGCUGGUGAAAGGGGAGUUGUACGAUCAAGCUCUGUUCGACAAUAGCGACUUCUCCGGUUGAAGGAGACUCGUAUUUGCCGCUUAUACCUGAGUCUUCAUUGACUUCGUUCUCCCGAAAGGAAGAGAGAUUACACUUAAUGCCGACUGACGGUCUGGAAUCUUUUUGUUUUAUUUGAAAUUACUAUUAAAUAUAUAUAUAUUUAAAAAACUAUAUAUAUACAGAACAAACAUCCAACGUACGAUAUCACGAUGUUAACAGCAAGUAGUGAUUAAAAACCGCAGAGUUUAGGUAUAUAGGGAGACUGCACGGCACAGGAGGCGGUUUGGAGAAAAUGAUUCGGAUCGAUCAAACAAUUUUAGCCGUAAUCGCGAAUACAUUCGUAACUUUCUUUUGUAAUACAAAAUUUUCAUUAUCCUAGUCGUCCUGUAAUGCAAUACUGCAUGCAAUACAGUUUCUCAAACAUUUCAUACUCUCCUGUGUGUUACGCGUAGUGCUGUUGUUACUAUUUCAAUGUAAACCGAUAUUGAUUGUUUAGGGAGGCGAUCACACUUUAAUUUACAUGUAUAGGAAUAAUAGAAUAUUAAUAAAUCGUUUUGCAUA